CCUCAGUUCAGCGUACUGUCAAUCACAUUUCCAUCAACGAACGCGCUCUACAACCCCCAUAAUCCAUCACCUUGGCGACACUCGUGAACAACGGAUGUCGGCCACCGUUCGGCGGUCCUCAUAUGUCCCUCGACGGUCAUCGUGAUGCUUUACUUAGGGAGAAGCGGAACGAGAGCGUGACGUGCAAUGAGUCCCGCAAGCGCAAGCUGCGCGAGCUUUACAAGUACACGGUCUACCUGGAUGUGCCCGACAAGUGGGCCACCAACACCCAGUUGGACCAACUAGAAGGCCGAUUCUUAGAUGAGAACGAUAUUGAACAAGGUCGACGCUUCAAUGACGCAACACUACCGUUCCCAUUCUCUGGACAGCAAGCACCCUUACCGUCGACUUUACCUUUUGCGCAUCCUGGAAAGCCUUCAUUCUCCUCUUUCGCAAAAUCAUCGCCAUCUCCUAUCACCGGCCCGAGUCUGGAAGAGCAAUUACGAGCAGCGUCUGCCUCGCCCUCAGUCGUCACACAGCCACUGCCACCUCUAGAUGCACCUACGCAAAGCGAUGAUUACCGACCCCAAAGAUCAUCCUCAGUCGUCCCACCUGCCGGCGAAUCGUCACCCGCGAAGCCGUUAUCAGUCGAAGAGCAAGAGCCCGAGCAGCCUUCUGCUGCGGCGCAGCAACCCACGGAAGCACCAGCCACCCAGGACAUCGAAAUAGGAAGCGAUUCUGGCCAAGAAAGACGCUCAAUCGAACCGACGCUUGUUGCUGACCCUGUUCCGGAAGAUGGUGUAGAUGCGACUGUGGAGGAGGAGAAGUCUAAGACACGUAAGGUCGUUCAACUUCCAUCGAAGGAGGCCCAAGAAGCACGGCUUCAAGAGACGGAGCAAAGACCGGAGAUUGUUGCGAGCAAGGAACGGAAAGAGGAGGAGCGACCUGCGUUACCACAGCCCAACAGCGGGGCAGAUAUCGUCUCUUCGCCUUCAUCCACAGUCGGACCAUAUUCACAAGCAACCCCGCACGCGCCGCACCACUCCCCCGACACGAGUCCCGAUACCGAAGCUUUCCAUGAUCCCAUGCAUCCUCUCGUCUCCAACGAUGACAUUCUGGACCCCGCGGCGCAACAAGUGAAGGAAGACCACGAGCGUGCGCUGCAAAAACAAAUGAAGGAAGCUCGAGAACGUGCACGUGGACCCGAGUCACCAACAUCAGAUGUCGAAAAGCAAAUUGAAGAUGAACAGGCGAUACGCUUAGCUCGAGAUGGGAAGAGUCGACUCAGUGAAUCAAUCGGGAAGACAGGCCACUCGAUGACACAAGAAGCCGAACAGGUAGUCAGUAAAAUUGCUGUCGCAUAUGGAACACGGGAGCAUCCAGAGCCCGCUGCGGAUUCGCUUCCUACCCCAACCACAACAGCCCCCGAGCCAUCACUAGUAGAUCGCGAAAGUACAGACAACGUUGUUACCCAACACAAAGAGAACCUAAUCGCCGAUCACCCAACCCCUCCUGCCGAUAUCGACCUUGAUAUGACUGAAGCACCAGCGGUAGUCAAAGAAGACACCGCUUCGAUGCAGCCCUCACCGCGCCGUGAGCGCAUGACAACUAGGGUUUCUUCGGGGGCCAUCCGUCAGAAAUCCGUCUCGGAGAUCAUCAGCGAACAUGCGGCGCACAAGGCAGUACUGACUCCCCAGUCUAGCACUUUAUCCAGUCCACAACGUCCACGACAACAGGAUCGAAAGUCAAUGGAAGUUUCAACGGUCGUCUUCGCAAAGAAGAACUCGAGCAAAACUCAAAAAUCCAUGCAACUCUACGAUCAGGACUAUGCGUCGUUGCAUGGGGCAUCCGAGGAUUCGAGUCGGGAUUACAUGGAAGGCCUGUUCAGGUCACAAGCGCACAUUCCACCACGGUCUUCCCCACUGCAAGAUCUUGUCACUUCUGCUCGAAAGACACUCUCUACAUCCGGCACCCUUGCUAUGAUUCGCGAGAAUCAGGACUUCAAAAUCCUUAAGCGGGUCUAUCAGCUUCAAAACGCUAAUCGAUGGUCACUCAGACAAUUGCAGAAGUCUGCUGAGCCGGAGCGUCCUUUCACACACCAAGACCAGCUCUUGCUGGAAAUGAAGUGGAUGCAAACUGAUUACAAGGAAGAGAGGAAAUGGAAGCAUGCUCUUGCAGCGACUUUUGCUGAUUGGUGCGCCGAAUAUGUCCACAGCACUCCAGAGGAGCGCACAGCUCUUCGAUUCAAGGCUCGCACCCCCAAGGCGAUGAUGCAAACAACGGCCGAAGAUGACAUGCACGAUGCACCUACACCGGAUCUUGUACCAUCUGGUGCGCAUGAAACAGAGAGCGAAUCGUACGCAGAUGAUGACGAGCUCCUCACACCGUUCCAUACCGACCCUCCCGCUGGCGUGUUUUCUCUUGGCUUCAAUGAUGUCGUCAUGAAGAUCGACCGCACCCCAGCUAGCGAUCAUAUGUUCCGCGAACUGCCUUUCUACGAGCCCAUGCUUGAGGGAGCUAGCGAUGUCACGCCUUUUUCGAUAUCCGAACCACCCAUCCUACCCGUCUCAAAGUUUGUUACUGGGAAGUUGGUUUCAAAGAUUAAGGGUCCGCCGAGGAAGCGUAGCAGAUACGACUACGAUUCGGAAGAUGAGCUUUCAACACCACCUAGUCGGGCUGGUACUUCUGCGGAGCAUUCCAUGCCGUCCACCCCCGGACGGCGACUUUUCUGCCGGAACGACCUACCUCCCGAGAUGACCGAUGUUGCGUUGUUCAAUGCCGAGAACAAGCAUGUGAGGGACAGAUUGCAAGCAGCGCAUCAAUUCAGGCCACCUACUGAGUUCAAUAUGCCUUCAGUCGCUUUCUUCGAGAACAGGACACCGUCACAAUGGUUGUGGGAAGAGGAUCAGAAACUCCGCGCCCUUGUCAAAGAGUACACCUUCAACUGGUCCCUGGUUGCACAGCAGUUGGCUUUGCCCUCAAAGUUCACCUCAGGGUCUGGUCGCCGCACACCGUGGGAAUGCUUUGAGCGCUGGGUGCAAUUGGAGGGCCUGCCUGCGGAAAUGUCUAAGACGCAGUAUUUCCGCACAUACCAAGGACGUUUGGAACAGGCCAACAAGAUUGUCUUUGCUCAGUAUCAAGCUCAGCAACAGCAACAGCAGCAACAGUCCGGGGGAGCAACACCGGGACAACCUAGGAGGCGUCCCACAACCACGCCAAUCCGUGUGGAACGCAGACGAGAAAACCGCCACCUCGCUAUCAUUGAUGGUAUGCGUAAGUUGGCCAGAAAGCGUGAAUCCGCCGCACACAAGCAGGCGGAAUCACAAAAGGCAGCAGCACUUAGGAAGGCACACGAGCCUGCGGCGCCAAAGAACAACGUGCACACUCCGCAAGAGUUCAGCAAGCUCAAAUGGGAACGCGAAGAGAAGCUGAAGCAAAGACAACUGCAACAGGAGAUAGCCGUUAGGAACCAAAUGGCCGCCCAGCGCCAAGCCCAGCUCAAUGCCCAGAACGGAGUACCGAAUGGUGUACCACAAAUGCAGCGUAAUGGCACACCUGGUGGCGCCAAUUCCAACAUGCCCGCGCAAAUGGCCACCAAUCCUGCGCAACAAGCCCAGAAUGCGGCUGCGAUGGCCGCGCGGACCCAACAAGGCCAGCAAGGAAUGCAGAAUAACCUAAACAUGGCUGGCAUGCCGAUAGGUACACCCGGCGUUCCCCAGGCACAGAUGCAAGCCAACAUGCAGAAUGGUCAGCGUAUGGGACCUCCAGACCAGAUGCGCAUGGCCAUGCAGCGCAACCAGUUUAACAGCCCUAACCAACAACAACAAUAUCAGUUGCAACAGCAACAGCAACAACAGAUGAAUAUGGCCAACAAUCUCGCAGCUCAGGGUAUGAACAUGAACGCGCCCAACGCAAAUAUGAUGGCACCCAUAGGCAGCCAAAACCUGAAUGGAAACAUGAAUGGUACCAUGAAUGGUAUGCCUAACAACGGAGGGUCACCGCGAGUAAAUCAGGCAACGCCCAAUAUGCAGCGCCAAAACGUACCCAAUGCUGGCGCGCAUAUCCCCCAGUUCCUGCAACUGCAGAAUACCAUCAAGAUGCAACAUCCGGAUUGGACCAAUGAGCAAGUGCAAAAGUCGGCCUCAGAACAGCUCCAGAGAUACAUGGCUAAGCAACGUGUGCAAGCGAUGAAUGCUGCAGCCGGUUCUCCCGGAAUGGCUUCGCCAUCUCCACAGAUGGCCAACAAUCAGUUCAUGCAGCAGAACGGCGGUAUGGCUACUAGUCCGCCCGUCAAUGCAGUCCAAAACUAUCAACAACAGCUGGUUCAGCAGCAACGAUUAAUGAGCCAACAACGACAACAGGCUGGAAGCCCUGGUAUGACUGGACGACCAUCAAGCAGGAGCGCUACACCUCAGAAUCCACAGCAGAUGCAGCAAAGCCCUGGCCUGGCACAAGCCCAGCCUAAUCGUACCUCCUGAGUAGGCUACUGAUGACCUCUGGAGGCAUCUCAUACAUUCGAUGCUUGUCUUGCACUGUAUAUAUCUUUUUAAUGCUCUUUUUAUCCGCCUUGACGACCGUACAAGCUGGUUCAGGAAAUCCCAAUGAAUGUAGCCCUCGAGGGCGUGUCAGCACGGUGUUGGCGGCGUGUCAAGGCGUCAGAAGGUUGGCGUAGGUGGAGGUUUGAUAAGCGAGCGGGUACCUAGCGACAAUGCAAGCGUUAUGUUUGUUGGCCAAGAGGCCUAUAGAUCUUGAAUACUAUUAGAUUCCAGACAUGCUCUAGACCCAC